CACAAUUCCUCAUUCCGAGUUGCCUUCCCUUAAUCUCCUCGCGUGCUCCAAUUCACCAGCACCAGCAUAAAAUCACAUCGACGAUAAAGUUUAGAUUAUUCCUGACAUUAUCGUGAUUCAGCCAAUCGGGAGGGCAAAAAUUUCUUAAGGAUGUCCGACGAGAAAGAACAUCGAACCGAACCGACUGCGCCACCAUCGUCAUCGUGCGGGAAUUCUGGGGACGAAGUUGGAGUGAGUAUGAGCAAAACUGUUACUGGAGGAAAAAAAAACGGACACACACAAACGCUUACGAUCUAUGAACAAGGGAAGGAUGCUUCGGAAGUCGGGAAAUGUGUUGAAAGGAGAAGAUUUUAUGCUGGUUUUGCUACGGUACGGUAAACCGUAAACCAUCCUGAAAGGGGACGGGUUAGAGUGGCAUGUGAAUGAAUGGUAAGCAGCCUAGAAUAUAUUUCCACACGUUUCCAUCCUUCUCCAAAUCAUUCGCCUUCAUUCUACUUGCCUUUCCCAAGGAGAAGGAGCAAUCGGGAGUCACCCGUUCCAUUUGUCGUGGGACGAAACGUUCACCUUGUGGGAUAGCUUCCCCCGCCUUGUUCGAAGGUUCACAUCGGGAGGUAUAAAAGGGCCAUUAGUGAUUGAAAAACUCACCAGUUGAUUCGAGUACGUCGUGCGUGUCGUGUCGUCGUCCGGGUGCAUCACAGGAAUUAAUACUGUGUGGUCCAAAGUUUGAAGUGUUUUCCCAACGGGUGCAACCGAUUUGUGUGUUUGGAGCGCAAUAUUUCCGGAGCCGAAAACAGUUCGAGCAGCAGGAUGAGUGGUUCCGGCAAAGGAUUACUGGGAUUAUGGCUGUAUCACAGUGGCGAUCAGGAGUGGGCAGUCAAGGAGGGCAGUCCACUGCAUCGGCGAAAGGAAUUUGCUAAAUCCGUCGAUCAUAGCAAUGGCAAUGAACGGAUUGGUGGCGAUCGUACUUCCAUUAUUUUUACGCUGAAAAAUCAAAUCGGAGGUCUGGCCAGUGCAUUGCGCGUCUUCCAAGAGCUCGGCAUUAACGUCCUGCACGUGGAGCUGAACAAGAGCGGCGAAACGUGUGACAGUGCGGACGUCCUCGUUGAUGUGGAGUGUGAUGCAAAUCGUUUGGAUCAAGUGUUGCGAUUGUUGAAACGCGAGGUCCAAUCGGUAAACUAUGCAGCACAGGUGAACAGCGAUGGACCUCCACCGACGCCACUGUCCGCGUGUGGAAGUUUUGAUUUCGGAGAAAUGCACUGGUUUCCAAGGAAAAUUUCCGACCUGGACCGGGCCCAGAAUGUGCUGAUGUACGGCAGUGAGCUUGAUGCGGACCAUCCUGGCUUCAAGGACCCGGUCUACCGCAAGCGACGAGAGCAAUUUGCGGCCAUUGCUAACUCCUACAAACAUGGCAGUCCCAUCCCGAGGGUUCAGUACACACCGGAAGAAAUCAAAACCUGGGGAACUGUUUUUCGUGAGCUGCACAAACUUUACAUCAUACAUGCCGUGCCGGAGUAUCUGGAGAAUUGGCCCGAGCUGGUAAAGUACUGCGGCUACCGGGAGGACAAUCUGCCCCAGCUCCAGGAUAUCAACGUGUUUCUGAAGCGCAAGACAGGCUUCCAGAUUCGUCCCGUUGCCGGCUAUCUUUCGCCGAGAGACUUCCUGUCCGGGUUGGCGUUUCGGGUGUUUCACUGCACCCAGUACAUCCGCCAUUCGUCCGAUCCGUUCUACACACCGGAACCCGACUGUUGCCACGAGUUGUUGGGGCACAUGCCCCUGCUGGCCAACUCAAGUUUCGCCCAGUUCUCGCAGGAGAUUGGACUGGCGUCGUUAGGUGCUUCGGAGGAUGACAUUAACAAGCUGGCAACACUGUACUUCUUUACGGUGGAGUUUGGUCUUUGCCGUCAGAAGGAUGGCAGCUUCAAGGUGUUCGGAGCGGGUUUACUGUCAUCUGUGGCGGAGUUACAGCAUGCCAUCACUACAUCGGACAAGAUUAAGCGGUUUGAUCCGGAGAUUACGUGUCAGGAGGAGUGUAUCAUCACGGCGUACCAGAAUGCGUACUACUACACGGACUCUUUCGAGGAAGCUAAGGAGAAGAUGAGGGAUUAUGCUGACACAAUACAAAGGCCAUUCGGUGUGCGUUACAAUCCAUACACCCAAACGGUGGAAGUGUUGAGCAACGCAAAGAAGAUAACCGCCGUCGUGAGUGAGUUGCGUGGCGAUCUCAGCAUUGUUUCGUCCGCACUGAAAAAAGUGUCCGCGAUGGAUGAAAAUCUCGACGUGGAAAAGAUUGAGAAACUUCUUUCGAGCAGUUUACAUGUAUGCGAUAAAACAUUGGGCACUGAAGAACCUGACUGUACUGACAAGAGUACGACCGCGGUGCAAAAAGAGUAAAAAGGUUACAUUUCUGUUCGUCCAUACUAUCAAACCAUGAAACUUACUGUAUGUACAAUAAUAGAGAAUGCUUCGUUGUUGAUGAACUGCGUGGAAUUUUGAGCGAGAAUUUAAGCUGCUAGCUUGAGCCAAGAUUUUAAAUAUGUUGUACCUUUACUGAGAUAGUAUUUUAAAACAUUCAUUAAUACUACAUUAUUUUAAAAAGCGAUCUUGUCACGGGAAGGAUAAGAAAUUGAUAAAGAAAGAAUUAAAAAAAAAACUUAAACUCAGUGUCAUAAUUAAACGUCAAUGUAGCAACGGAAAUAAUUGUAGCAUAUCUGCUAAACAUUAAAUAACUAACAUAUUGGAAAUCUCAAAUAGCAUAUUAAAAUUCAAAAUAUAAAAUCGGUUAGUACAACCGCGUUGGUCCUUUCCUAUUUUCUUCCAUUCUCAUUCUGACACAUAACAUAAAACACAUGGCUAGGGGUUUUACGCCUUUUCUAAACACAUCUGUUUCAUCCCUUUCAAGUACCUGAAAGUUGACAUAAUCGAAGGCCACUCAUUACUUUCUCACGCUGUGAAUUGCACUUGAAAAAGUUACCUUAGUUUUCAUUCUCUAACCCUCCUUCGCAAGACCAACUCGACGCAUGAUUUAUGUGCUAAUGCGCAUCAGCCGAAAAUUACAGAAAUGCAUUACUAAUUAUUACAAGCAAAUAGAAACACAGAAAUAGAAACAUUCGUUACAUAAGCCCUUAUGUAAAAACCAUGUACACCUUCCCAACUCAGAGUAUAAAAUAAACCAAAACUGUUAGAACGCGGCCAGUCCCCAGUGAUCGAUCGUGAGUUGACAGUUGUCAAGGAUCAUAUACAAAAUUGGGAAUCCAAAUCAAA